AUGCAGUGUGUUCAAUUGCCAACAAAUCAUUUACGUUGCACUCUAAUACAUACAACACCCCACAACACAAUGGCUAAGAAAACCGGAGAAAACUCUAAGAAGGCGGCAGGAAAUGCCCGUAAAGCAGAACAAGCUAACAAAAAGAAACAAGAACAACUCAGUAAACUAGAACAAGAAGAAGCAACAAAAUGGGAUGAAGGUUCCAAAAAGGGCAACAAGAAGAAAGAAGAAGAACAAUUUAAAAAGGAAGAAGCAGCUCGUAAAAAGCAAGAGCGUGACUUGCUUCUAGCUGCAGAAGAAGCUAGUUUACCUUCGAAACCAAUUAAAUCUAAACAACGUGGUGCUGAUAAAGUUGCUGCCAAACGUACUGGAAAAAUUGAUGAUUUUCUCGAUUUCAAUAAAGAUACACCUGAACUUAGUGCAUCCGGUUUAGAUAAUGCGUUGGCGGCAUUGGCUUUAACUAGUAAAGAUUCUGGUGUUUCCAAUAAGGAUAUUGAUCGUCAUCCUGAAAGAAGAGUUAAAGCUGCCUACAAUGCAUAUGAAGAAAGAAGAUUACCUGAAAUUCGUAAAGAGAAUCCUGGACUAAGAUUACAGCAGAUUAAGAAUCUCGUUUUCAAAGAGUUUCAAAAACUGAGUGAAAAUCCAAUGAACCAAGAAACCAAUGUACAUUAUAAUGCUAAUAGGGAUGAAUUGGAGGGUAAAAAGAAAGAAGUUAGAGAAUCGAGAGAAAAGAAGUUUAACUAG